AUGCAUUUCAUCAAGACAGUUGUUCUUGGCAUGUCCAUCGCCGCUGUUAACGCAGCGGCGUUGCCUGCUGGAGAACCUGAUGCAGUUAACUGCAAGGUCUCUGGCGAGGGCUGUGAGGUUCACGGAGCUUCUUAUGGCGACACGCUGAGACGCAUCCUCAAGAAGAGGGCCACCACUACAGUCAAGAAGCCUGCUACUACAAGCAAGAAGCCAACAACCACCGCAAAGGCCGCCAGCACUACAAAGGCUGCCGCUAAGCCUACAACUACUGCAAAGGCCGCCUCUACUACCAACAAGGCCGCUUCUACUGCUAAGCCUGCUUCUACUACUAAGCCAACAACCACCGCAAAGCCUGCUAGCACCACCAAGCCCACCAGCUCUACCAAGCCUGUCAGCACCACCAAGCCUGUGACCACCAGCAAGGCUGCUUCUACUACCAACAAGGCUGCCUCUACUACCAAGCCUAGCUCUACCACCAAGCCUAGCUCCACCACCAAGCCUUCUUCCACCACCAAGCCUUCCUCCACCACCAAGCCCACUUCUUCUACAACCACAGCCAAGCCUACAUCCACCACCAAGUCUACUUCUACUACCUCUACUACCUCCAGUGCUAAGCCCACCUCCACUACCAAGGCUUCCUCUACUGUAGCUCCUCCCAAGGCUUCAACCACAACCAUCCCUCCUUCCUCUGCUAAGCCCGGCACUACCACUACCACUUCAACCAAGCCCACCACUACUAUCAUCACUGCUGUCAAGCCUACAACCACUGCUCCUUCCAGCACAGUCAAGGCAUCCACUACAUCUACCACUUCAACCUCAUCAACAUCAUCCAAGGCUAGCACUACCACCACAAGCACUUCUGCUUCCGUCCCAAGCACCUCUACCAAGGCUAGCACUUCCACAACAAGCACAUCCGCUUCCGCCCCAAGCAGCUCCACCAAGGCUAGCACAACCUCAGGCUCAAGCUCAAGCUCAGCCGCCGCUGCUUCCAACCCUGCAUCCAGCACUGUCAUCUCUUCAUCUCUGAGCAUCCCCAGUACAACUCUGGCUACUUCCACCAAGCCUGCAGUUGUAUCUUCCACUUCUGCUCAGGUCGAUGGUGUCAGUGCUAGUACUUCUGCUCCUGCUGAGGGUGCGAACACCAGCACUUCUGCUCAGGUCCAAGGCGUCAGUGCCAGCAGUUCCGCUCAGGCUGAUGGUGUCAAUGCAAGUACUUCUACCCAAGCCGAGAGUGUCGGUACCAGCACUUCUGCUCCAGUCGACGGUGCUAAGACCACUACCUCUGCUCAGGUUGAUGAUGGGCAGACUGCCACUUCUGGAAGUUCCGCAGUUGGUCCCACUUCAAGUGACGACGAUGAGGUAACCACUUCCGCUUCCACUGUCAGCAGUGAGGAGAGUGAUGCUCCUGAGUCGGUGGACCCCAUCUCUACCACCACGGCUGGUGAUGAAAAGACCACUUCCGCUUCCAAGGUUGAUGAGCCCACAACAUCAGAUAGCCUGACCACCACAUCUGUCACGGAUGAUGAGGGCUCAAGCUCUGCACCUACUGGCCAGACUACUGCAUCUGUAACCUUUGUGGAACCCAACACCAAGGUAGUCUCUGAUGAGUCCACUGCCACAUCUGUUGCUUCUGAUGAUGGAGAGACCAACACGUCCAACUCUUCUGUCGACCAAGAACCUACCAAGGCUUCUUCAGUUGAUGAUCAACCAACGGGUACUUCCUCAGUUGAUGACCAGCCAACAGGCGCUUCAUUAGUUGACGAUCAGCCUACGGGUGCUUCUUCCGUUGAUGAUCAGCCUACAGUUGUUUCUUCAGGAGAAGUUGGCCCUACAGAUGUUUCUUCAGCUGGUGAUAAGUUCACUUCAAUUGUUUCUGAUGAUGGAGAGGGCCCUACUACCACUGCCAAGGAGUCUGCUAGUGAUCCCACUACCACCUCUGCAGCUGAUGAUGGUGAUCUCACUUCCUCUGCUGCUCCAGAGCCCACUGUCACAGACGAUGGCGAUGUUACUUCUUCUGCUGCUCCAGAGCCCUCUGUCACCGAUGAUCAGCCCGCAAGCGACCCCACUACCUCUGCUGUCAAUCAGUCCACUGCUACAGACGACGCGGAGCCUACUAUUGCCACCGACAAGGAUUCCUCUGCGACAGUCGUUGAGCCUGCCGGUGGCGCUACUACAACUGCUGAUAACCAGUCUACUGUUACAGACGUUGAUGCGCCUACUUCUUCUGCUGUCAAGGAGUCAUCUGCCACGGCUGAUGAGCCCGCUAGUGACCCUACUACCACUGAGAUCUCUGAGCCCGCCAGCGAUCCCACUACAACUGAGGUCUCUGAGCCUGCUGGUGUAACCACUACCUCCAAUGCCGCAGUUGAUUCUUCUGGAGAGUCUUCCGCUGCUGAUAACGGCCCCACUACUUCUUCUGAUGCCGAGCCUACUUCCUCUGCUGUCAACGAGCCCUCUGCCACAGCCGACGAGUCCACCAGUGUACCUGCCACCACAUCUGUGGUCUUUGAGGAGCCUAACACCAAGGUGGCUUCAGAUGCAGCUACUUCAGAUACAGCUACUUCAGACGCAGCUGCUCCUACAUCGGACGCGUCUUCCGGAGAGACCUCCGCUGCUGGUGAAGAGUCUUUUGUCUCUACUGUCAAUGGGGCAUCUGCUACACUCAGUGAGCCUGCUGUCGACCCUACUACCACCAUGGUAGCAGUUGAUCCUUCUGAGGAAUCUUCUACUGCUGCAGGAGAUCCCAGUACCACAGUUGAGUCUAGCAGUGGACCUACUACUUCUGCUGAGCCUGUUGUUACAUCUGACGAGCCUGCCAGUGGCCCUACUACAUCUGCGGUCAAGGAGCCUGCCGUUACAUCUGAUCAGCCUGCCAGCGAUCCUACCACAUCUGCGGUCGAACCUGCUGUCACAUCUGACGAGCCUGCCGUUACAUCUGACGAGCCUGCCAGUGACCCUACUACAUCUGCGGUCAAGGAGCCUGCUGUCACAUCUGAUGAGCCCUCCAGUGUGCCCACUACAUCUGCUGUCUUUGAGGACCCCAACACCAAGGUAGCUUCAGACGCAGGUACUCCUUCAUCUGACGCUUCUUCUGGCGAGACUACCGCUGCUGGUGAGCUUAGCACUGCACCUGCUUCCUCUGCCAAUGAUGAGCCCAGUACCACAGUUGUUGAUCCCAACACUGCACCUACUACCUCUGCUGGUCAGGAGCCUGUUGUUACAUCUGAUGCGCCUGUCGUUGACCCUACCACAUCUGCAGUCAACGACGCGUCUGUCUCAGCCGAAGAGCCCGCUAGUCAGCCUACUACAUCUGUUGUCUUUGAGGACCCCAACACCAAGGUUGUCUCAGAUGCUUCUACUCCUACAUCGGAUGCUUCUUCUGGUCAGACUACUGCUGCCGAUCAGGAGCCCAGUGGCACAGUUGUCGAGCCCAGCACUGUACCUACUACCUCCGCUGGUCAGGAGCCUGUUGUUACAUCUGAUACACCUGCCACUGAUCCCACUACCUCUAAUGCAGCUGUUGAUCCUUCCGUCGAGACCUCCGCCGCUGCUGGAGAGCCCAGCACUGUACCUACUACCUCCGCUGGCCAGGAGCCUGCUGUUACAUCUGAUACGCCUGUCACUGAUCCCACCACCUCCGCCGCUGCUGGAGAGCCUAGUGGAACCGUCGUCGAGCCUGCCAGUGGGCUUUCUACCUCUCAGGCUGAUGAGCCUUCUAGCGAGCCUGCCGCCUCUUCUGAUGCCGAGCCUACUGCUACUCCUCCCCCCACAACUCUGAUCACAAUGGUGAAGCCUUCUGUUACAUCAUCUGACGCUGCUGAGGAGAGCUCUGCCCCCGCUGCUUCUGACCCAGUUAUUGAGCCACCCGUCUCUACUGCUGGUCAAGAACCUGCCAGUGACCCUACCACCACCGCCAAUGCCGCUGACCCUGUUGAGACCACUUCUGCUGCUGUUGUUGACCCGACUACCUCAGCUGCUGCUGUUGACCCGACAUCCGAGCCUGCAUCCAACCCCACUACUUCUGCUGCAGUUGUCGUGGAGCCAGCCAGUGAUCCUACCACCACUGCUGAUCCUGUUGUGGUGACCACUUCUUCUGCUGCUGGAGAGCCUGCAUCCGAUCCUACUACUUCUGCCGCUGUUGUCGUGGAGCCAGCCAGUGAUCCUACCACCACUGCCGAUCCCGUUGUUGACCCAACUACCUCAGCCGCCGCUGUUGUCGUGGAGCCAGCCAGUGAUCCUACCACCACUGCCGAUCCCGUUGUUGACCCAACUACCUCAGCCGCCGCUGUUGACCCAACUACUUCUGCUGCUGCUGUUGAGGAACCAGCCAGUGAUCCCACUACUACUGCUAAGGCUGCUGAUCCUGUUGUCGACACUACUUCUGCUGCUGCUGCUGCUGCUGACCCAACUACAUCGGCCGCUGUUGUUGAGGAGCCCGCUUCUGGUCCCACUACUACUGCCAAUGCUGCUGAUCCUAUCGAGCCAACAACUUCUGCUGCUGCUGUCGUGGAGCCUACCAAGUCUGUUGCUGAUGAGCCCGCCUCUCAACCUACUACUACAGUCGUUGACGAACCCUCCUCUCAGCCCUCAACUCCAGCCGACUCUGGUUCAUCCGGCUCUUCAGACUCUUCUGGCUCUUCCGGUUCUGGUUCAUCUGAUGAGCCCUCUUCUGAGCCCUCGACUCCUGCUGACUCUGGCUCAUCUGGCUCUUCAGGCUCAUCUGGUUCAUCUGAGCCUGCCUCUCAGCCCUCGACCCCAGCUGACUCUGGCUCAUCCGACUCUGGCUCAUCCGGCUCGUCUGGCUCUUCCGGUUCAUCUGACGAGCCUGCUUCGCAGCCCUCUACUCCAGCUGACUCUGGCUCAUCCGGCUCGUCUGGCUCGUCUGGCUCGUCUGGUUCAUCCGAUGAGCCAUCCAGCGGCUCUGGCAGUCCUUAA